AUGCUGCUGCUGAGGACUCUCGCUCCCUGCCUGCUGCUGGCUUUCCUCGGGCAGCAGGUCUCUCUCUCUUCCGCUGCUCGAUCGGCGGACAAGCUGACCGGCAGAGCGCAGAGGAGCGACAACAAGGGGGCCCGAGGGAAGUUCUCCACCAGGGACAAGAUGCAGUGCACGUGGAGCGUUAGAGUGGUCGGGGACACAGUGAAGCUGCCGGUCAAGUGCGAGAACCCGGAGGCGCGCAUCAAAGGCGGGGUCACCGAUCUGAGCUGUGAGUACAACGCCAAGCCUGCGACGUGCCCGGGUUACCUGUCCGACCCCCGGGGCUUCUGGAAGCAGGUGGGCCGCGCGCUCAAGAAGCUGCAGAGUAAAGUGUGCAAGGACGAGCGCGCGCUGGUGAAGGCCGGCAUGUGCAAACGCGCGCCGAAAGACGCGCACUUUAAGCUGAACAUCUUCAGCUCCGUGUCCGCCGCUCAGUCCGGAGAUGUCCCGACGCCGCCACCCCGAACCACCACCACCACCUCCUCUCCCGGCACCGGCACCGGACCCACAGCCUGCACGAAGCGCGCGGACCACAGCAAAACGGCCGAAGAUUACUGCAGCAGCUCGUGGGCCAGUGUGUGUUCCUUCUUCCUGUCUAUGCUACAAAGCGAGGACUGCUAGUUUUACUGGACAUGUGGACACAUCAGACUGUAAGCAGGACUUGGUGUUAAACUGUGGUGACACAGCCAGGGUCAACACAUCUCACAUUUUUAAUCAUUAAUAAGCAAAUAUUCUCUCCUCAAUGUGCAUUUUCCAGGUAAACUGAAUGAUUUUCAGUUGUCACAUUCACCAAUAUUGGCACGAGUGCUGUUAAAAUGGGACACCUGGCAAAUCGGGACAGUUAACAAAAACCUUUUAGUGGUUCACAUUACUGUUUCAAUUAGGUUGUAUUUUCACUGUGAGGUUAUUCAAAGAAAAUAAAAUGUUGACAUGACUUCUUUAAUUUCUCUGUUUUAUAUCAAAGUAUAUGGUGUCCCAUUUUGACAAUGAAGGUGUCUCAUUUUGCCAGUAACAUCUGUAGAAAAGUGGCCUCAGGAUGUUGUGUUUGAGAUGGAGUCCUCAGUUCUGCAUUUAUCUUUAUAUUUUCUUCCGUAUAUUGUAGUAAAGGAGGUUGUGCUUCUAGAAUAACAUUAAGUUUGGAGCUGACGCUGUAGAGUGGUUCUGUAAAUUGCUCCAGAAUGCACAUUUUCAGAAAGCGUCCCAUUUUACCACUACUCAUCCUACGUGUUUUGUAUUACUCAGGUGUGUUUAUUUAUCAGGGGUUUGUCUGAAUGUGACUAAACAAAUCUGAACUGAAGCUAAUGUUAAGUUUUGUUUAAAUGUAGUAACUUAUCAGCACAAGUGGAAAGCAGCAUUUUCUCAAGCGCUGUGUUAACAGUUUUUGAGCUACUUGUACUUGAGUGUAUCAGUUUUAUUCUGUUUAAAAGUAAAUAAUGGAGAUUUUAUUCAACUACAUGUAUCUGACAGCUGCUGUUGCUGAUCAGAUUAAUGUCAUCUCUUUUUAGAUUAAAACAAUUCAAAACGUGAUCAAAAUACAAAACAUGAUUUACUGUUACAGAUUAAACACUAUAAGAUAGCUACAACUAGCUCCAACUGCAAAUGUCAUUCUUUUGUUUUAUACUUAAAGUUGUUUGUUGCUAAAUCUUAAUACUAAAUUUGAUUUUGACUAUUCAAAUUUCUAAUUGAUACACAUUAAAGCAAUUUAAAAGAUGUGAAAAAAUUAAGAUACCCUACAACACAAGUGAUCAUCUUUGAACUGUAUCAACUACUUUUUUUUAAGUGUAUUCUAGUUCUCCUGUUCUCAGUCCAUACAAUCUCACACUCCCGGCUUCUUAAUUUUAUACAUUUAAUGUUUUCCACAUAGUCACCAGAUACAAACCAGGCUCUUACAGUCAGCAGGUGGCUCACAUAGCCCUAAAGGGGUUUCAGACUUUAAAUUGUUGGAUCUGAGAAUAAUACUAGUAAUACCACUGUAAAUAGUAAACAUGUUAAUGCUUUUACUUGUAAAGAAGUAUUUUAAUAUAACAAUACAACUAUUUUUCUGCUGUUGUUUAUUACACAGAUCUGAUUAUCCUGCAGAGUUGUAUAUUCUCUACCUCUAGUCAUCUAUCAGUCAACCACUAAAAGCACCAUUGUAUUUAUGCAUCACAAAUAAAUAUUUUCUAUUUA